AUGGACUAUCUUCGCAGCUUCGGCUCUGCUGCGGUGUCGACUCUAGUCCAGAAAUCAGGGCUAAAUCUACCGUUCUCGCUGGGUGCCAAGGUUUAUUCCUGCGAGACAUUCUGGACCUUGUAUGAUGCUACCAAACGGGAGGAUGGUAGCCCGGUCUCGGUUUUCGAGUAUGAUCUGACCCACCCUCUCAACAAGUCCACCAUACCCCUUGCCCGCAACUCCCUCCGCAAGCUGCGCACCAUACGACAUCCUGAUGUACUUAGAUUCAUCGAUGUAGUAGAAUCCGACUCAGCCAUUUGCAUCAUGACCGAAAGGGUUCGACCUCUACCUCUCGCGCUAUCCCAAUCAUCCUCCAAUGUUCCACGCGAGCGAGAGGACUGGCUUAUUUGGGGACUACACCGAAUUUCAGUUGCUCUUGCAUUUCUGAACGAUUCUGCUUCAUCCACCCAUGGUAAUGUUCGUCCAAAUGCCAUCUUUAUCACUCCUUCAGGAGAGUGGAAGCUGGGGGGCUUCGAGGUGUUGAGCAAUCCAAAAGAUGAUCUUUCUGUUAUAUAUACCAUGGGCGGCCUCAUGCCAGACGCAAUGGCAUGCGCACCCCCAGAAGUCAAGAAAGAGGGUUGGUCUGCCCUCAAAGACGUACCAGUAUCAGCUGCGGACGGAUACGCUCUCGGUCUGCUUCUACAUGCCGUCUUCAAUCCUACCCACCCUCCUCCACCGACUGCUCAGCCUCCCCAUCCACCACCUCAAGUUUCUUCCAGAGGCGCCAUACCCUCAUCCGUCUUUCCUUCCUUCAAAAAGCUCCUUAACCCGAAUGCAAAAUUACGAAUGUCACCCAAGAACCUACUAGAUAUUGGUAUGGCAGAGUCGGAUGGAGAAGGACAUGGAUUUUUCGUACGUAACCGGCUUGUCAAGGUCUGCGCUGGACUGGACGGAUUCACCCUGAGCAGUGAAUCUGAAAAGGCAUCAUUACUGCGGACGCUAAAGGAAUCCGCAUCUUCAUUUCCUCCCGAAUUCAUCUCUUACCGCAUCCUCCCAUGCCUUGCCUCCGCACUCGAGUUCGGCGGUGCCUCAGCAGCAACCAUCGUCCCUCUCGUCCUCCAAUUUGGAAAGAACGUCGCACCCGACGACUAUGGCUCAGCUGUUGUAGCACCCCUGGUCAAACUCUUUGCGAGUGCCGACCGUGGUACGCGUAUCGCGCUUCUCGACAAUCUCCCCGACUUCGCUGAGAAACUGGAUAAGAAAACAGUUGUCGAUAGGAUUUGGCCACACCUGCAAACUGGUUUCACUGACACAGUCGCUGUCAUACGAGAAGCUACUGUCCGCGCUAUCGUCCUACUUUCUCCCAAGCUAUCCGAUCGCAUUCUCAACAACGAACUCCUCCGCCACCUCGCCCGCCUCCAAUCAGACCCAGAAGCCUCCAUCCGCACCAACACGUGUAUUCUUAUCGGCCGGCUGGGCCCUUCGCUAGGGUAUAACACCAAACGAAAAGUUCUCGUUCCCGCGUUCAGUAUGGCGCUCAAGGAUUCGUUCGUCCACGCUCGGGUGGCGGGCGUUAUGGCGUUCAUGGCAACCGCGGAGUGCUUCGAGAUCGACGACGUGGCUAGUAAAGUCGUUUCAGCUGUUGUAGGUGCUACGCUGGAUAAAGAAAAGUUGGUUCGUGACCAGGCGUUCAAGGCGGUCGAGCUUUUUAUCAAGCGUUUAGAGACUCAUGCUUCGACUAUGCCGGAGACAGCAUCUACAGAAGAUGGCGGGGAAGAUCUAAACACGAGGCUUCCGGGUGCAUACACCCAGGCUGGCCUUGUGAACUCAGCGACGGGCGCAGCAGCAGCUCUCACAGGGUGGGCUGUUUCGUCCCUUGGCAAAAAGGCACGUUUGAUCUGUCUUGCCUAA